AUGAUAGACCUGAUGUAUGGAGAUCUCUCUUUUUCACCCCCCCCCCUCUCUCCCCAGAAUGGUGCCGAGAGUGGAGGGAAGAAGAAGAGGAAGGAGAGGAACUUGGAAGAGCUGAAGAAGGAAGUGUCCUUGGACGACCACAAAAUAACUCUUGAUGAUCUGGGUAAACGCUAUGGAGUGGACCUCUCGCAGGGCCUGACCAACGCCAGAGCUUUGGAGAUUCUGGCCAGGGACGGUCCAAACUGCCUGACCCCUCCCCCCACCACCCCGGAGUGGGUCAAGUUCUGCCGUCAGCUGUUCGGCGGCUUCUCCAUCCUGCUCUGGAUCGGUGCCAUCCUCUGCUUCCUGGCCUACACCAUCCAGGUGGCCACGGAGGACGAGGCGCCCAAUGACAACUUGUAUCUGGGCGUGGUGCUGUCUGCCGUGGUCAUCAUCACCGGCUGUUUCUCCUACUUCCAAGAGGCCAAGAGCUCCCGAAUCAUGGACUCCUUCAAGAAAAUGGUGCCACAGCAAGCGUUGGUGAUCCGGGAGGGGGAGAAGAUGCAGAUCAAUGCUGAGCUUGUGGUGCAGGGAGAUGUGGUGGAGAUCAAAGGGGGAGACCGCAUCCCAGCUGACCUUCGAGUGAUCUCCUCCAGCGGGUGCAAGGUGGACAACUCGUCUCUGACGGGAGAGUCGGAGCCUCAGACUCGCUCUCCAGAGUUCACCAACGAAAAUCCUCUGGAGACCCGCAACAUCUGUUUCUACUCCACCAACUGUGUCGAGGGUACGGCCCAUGGCCUCGUGAUAUUCACCGGGGACCGGACGGUGAUGGGUCGCAUCGCCACGCUGGCGUCGGAGCUCGAGGUCCGCCGCACACCCAUCAACAUAGAGAUCGAACAUUUCAUCCACCUCAUCACGGGCGUGGCCGUCUUCCUGGGCGUGAGCUUCUUCAUCCUGUCAGUCAUCCUGGGCUACACCUGGCUGGAGGCCGUCAUCUUCCUCAUUGGCAUCAUCGUGGCGAACGUGCCUGAGGGACUGCUGGCUACUGUCACUGUGUGUCUGACUCUCACUGCCAAGCGAAUGGCGAAGAAGAACUGUCUGGUGAAGAACCUGGAGGCCGUAGAGACUCUCGGCUCCACCUCCACCAUCUGCUCCGACAAGACGGGCACGCUGACCCAGAACCGCAUGACCGUGGCCCACAUGUGGUUCGAUAACCAGAUCCACGAGGCAGACACCACCGAGGACCAGACGGGUUUGGGUUUUGACAAGAGCUCUGCUACUUGGACUGCUCUGUCUCACGUUGCCGGCCUCUGCAACAGAGCUGAUUUCAAGGCCGGACAGGACAGCUUCCCCAUCCUGAUGAGGGAGACAGCGGGGGACGCAUCAGAGUCAGCCCUGUUAAAAUGCAUCGAGCUGUGCUGUGGGGGUGUUCGUCAAAUGAGAUCUAGAAACCCCAAAGUGGCAGAGAUCCCCUUCAACUCCACCAACAAAUACCAGCUCUCUGUCCAUGAAGUGGAGGACAAUCCCUCUGCUCAUAUUCUGGUCAUGAAGGGAGCGCCAGAGAGAAUCCUGGACAGGUGCAGUAGCAUCAUGAUCCAUGGCCAGGAGCAGCCACUCGAUGAAAACUGGAGAGAUGCUUUCCAGAGUGCCUACAUGGAGCUGGGAGGACUGGGAGAGAGAGUGCUUGGAUUCUGCCACUUGAAUCUGUCUUCAUCCCAGUUCCCUCGAGGAUUCACCUUCGACAGCGACGAAACCAACUUUCCCACCGAGCAGCUCUGCUUCCUGGGUCUCAUCUCCAUGAUUGAUCCGCCGCGUGCCGCCGUGCCCGACGCAGUCAGUAAAUGCCGCUCCGCUGGCAUCAAGGUGAUCAUGGUAACAGGGGACCACCCUAUCACGGCCAAGGCCAUCGCUAAAGGUGUGGGCAUCAUCUCUGAGGGCACCGAGACGGUCGAGGACAUCGCCGAGAGACUGAACAUCCCUCUAAGCCAAGUUAACCCCAGGGAUGCCAAGGCUUGUGUGGUGCACGGCUCGGACUUAAAGGACAUGAGCCCCGAGUACCUUGACGACCUGCUGAGGAACCACACUGAGAUAGUGUUCGCUCGCACCUCCCCUCAGCAGAAGCUCAUCAUAGUGGAGGGCUGCCAGAGACAGGGGGCGAUCGUGGCCGUGACAGGCGACGGCGUCAACGACUCGCCGGCCUUGAAGAAAGCCGACAUCGGCGUUGCCAUGGGGAUCGCCGGCUCUGAUGUGUCCAAGCAGGCGGCUGACAUGAUCCUGCUCGACGACAACUUCGCCUCCAUCGUCACUGGAGUGGAGGAGGGUCGUCUCAUCUUUGACAACUUGAAGAAGUCCAUUGCGUACACGCUGACCAGUAACAUCCCAGAGAUCUCGCCCUUCCUCCUCUUCAUCUGUUUAAGUGUUCCUCUUCCUCUGGGAACUGUCACCAUCCUCUGCAUCGACCUGGGCACUGACAUGGUCCCAGCCAUCUCAUUGGCUUACGAGACGGCGGAGAGUGACAUCAUGAAACGCCAACCGAGGAACCCCCAAACAGACAAGCUGGUCAAUGAACGCCUCAUCAGCAUGGCGUACGGACAGAUAGGGAUGAUCCAGGCUCUUGCUGGUUUUUUCACCUACUUUGUGAUUUUGGCUGAGAACGGCUUCCUCCCAAUAGACCUGCUGGGUAUCCGCGUCAGAUGGGACAACCGCGAAGUCAACGACGUGGAGGACAGCUACGGGCAGCAGUGGACCUAUGAGCAGAGGAAGAUCAUCGAAUUCACCUGCCACACCUCCUUCUUCAUCAGCAUCGUUGUUGUGCAAUGGGCUGAUGUCAUCAUCUGCAAGACCAGGAGGAAUUCCCUCUUUCAGCAGGGCAUGAAGAACAGGAUCCUGAUCUUCGGUCUGUUUGUCGAGACUGCUCUGGCCGCCUUCCUCUCCUACUGCCCUGGAAUGGACAUCGCCUUGCGCAUGUACCCCCUGAAGCCCAUGUGGUGGUUCUGUGCCUUCCCAUACAGUCUUCUCAUCUUCAUUUAUGAUGAGGUCCGUAAAUUAAUUCUGAGGAGGAGCCCCGGAGGUUGGGUGGAGCAGGAGACAUAUUAUUAACAUUCAGAAAAUGUCAAUUUGAGUUUGCGUGUCUGUGAGAGUGUGUGCGUAUGCGUACAUGAGAUAUUGUGCGUGCUUGUGGGGGUAGAACUGUGUGUCUGUGUGUGUGUGUGUGUGUGUGUGUGUGUGUGUGUGUGUGUGUGUGUCAGUUGUAAUAUUGCAUGGAUCAGUUCACAAAUCUGAUUAUCAUAACAAAAAAUACUGCUGAAAAUAGGCUUUUGAUUGUGCUUUGAGUUUUUCCUCGGUGGUAAUGCACACCUACAGCAUGUGCCUUAGAUGAACUGCUACCAAAGGCUACAGAAGAACAACAAAUGUCGCUCAUGAGAUGUACCAAAUAAAAAUCUAUUCCAAAAUA